UCAAGAUGGCGCUGUUCAUGAAACUUACCCAAUGUGGUGCUCGCCAACUUUUUCAUCGACAGUUUCUCAACUUGACAGCGUCAAUUAUCUCCCAUAGUUUUACCGCUAGAUUGUCCGGUAGUGUUGGAAGCAGCUCACCAUAUCUAUCAUCAAAAUUACGGAAGACAACGAGAGAUUUUCAUUCACAAAGUGGACCUUUGAGGCAUGGUGACUAUGAAUACCAAGAUCCCAAAUCACCAGAUGAAAUUGUAAAUAUCACGUACUUGGACAGAAGUGGAGAGAUUAUUCCAGUGCAAGGAAAAAUAGGAGAUAAUGUUAUGUAUUUGGCUCACAGACAUGACAUAGAAGUUGAAGGUGCAUGUGAAGCAUCAUUAGCAUGCUGUACUUGUCAUGUAGUGUUACCAGAAGAAUAUUAUAACAAAUUACCGGAGAUCGAAGAAGAAGAGGAAGACAUGCUGGACCUGGCACCAUUUCUAACUGCUACAUCAAGACUAAGUUGUCAGAUCAUCCUCACCAAAGAUCUUGACGGUAUGGAAGUCAAGCUACCACAAGCUACAAGGAAUUUCUAUGUGGAUGGUCACGUACCUCAGCCACACUGAUGCCUUAAUACCGGGCAUUAAAGUUCAUUCUUGAAGGGGCACAGCAAUUUGGUAAGGGGCUCUCCUAGGAGGAAAAUGUCGGCUUGUAUUGGAACUUACAAAGGGCCCCACAGCAAAAGCACAGGGCACCAGGGCAUUUGCAAACGGCAUCACAGCAAUUGCACAGGCCACCAGGGCAUUUGCUGUGGGUGCCGUGGGGUAUUUCGAGGCUUGCCUUACAUGUCUCAAUAUCACUAAUGGUAAAGAAUAUCAGUGACAUUCAUUACUUUUUUUCCUGAAGGCGAGCAGAGUAAACUGUUUGUAACGUCGAGACCACAUUGGUUCUUCUCAAAGCCAACACUCCUCAUAAAGAUAUUUUAUACAUGGUUGUACUGCAAGUUUAUUUAGAAUUAAUUCCUACGCUCAGAGCCGCAAAAAGGGGCCGUUAUGUCUUCUGUCGCCAGCAACUCAAAAGUCUUGUAUUGGUGAAGAAUGUCCUCCAAUGAUGUCUUUGAUGUUACCCCCAAUAAAACUUACACCCUUAAAGAUGCCUGAGAUAAUGAGUAAGCAUAUGAAUGUUUGCUAAGCAUGUCAAUUUCCUAAAUAACAAUUUUGACUUUUUUGCACUGUAACAAACUGUGUCCUGCCCCAUUGUGUUUACUUUAAUCAAGAACCCAACACUUAUGUUGAAUUUGAUUUUAUAAAGAUAUACGCAGGAUAAUAAGUCUGGUAAUAUUAUUUUGUUAUGUAUCUAUCGGUCAAUAAACAAAUGAACAACAAACAAUGUUAUGCAUUCUUUGAACUUUGAAUAGUACUAUUCUAUAUCAUUGCAUUUAGCAAGAACACUUUCCCGGGACAAAACACUUAACUCAAAGUUGAACUGAUUGCACCAGGGAUAAAGAAUAUCAUUUUGGUUUCAAUGCCAGAAAGAAAGAAAAGGCAGCUCUUGUUUUGGAGUAUUUACUUAUUACUAGCCAACACUUGUUCUAGGUUAUUGAUAUAAAAUUAUUUUAAUAUUGAGAAAACAAGUAUUGGAAACAUCACAAAAAAAGUUUUGCUUCAUUUAAAGGUAAAAACACCCAAUGUAUGUCAAUAUUUAUGUUUACAUGUGUAAAUAAAAACAAAUGAUGAUCUAAGUGCAACUUUAACUCUUAUUUAAAACGUGAAUAAAAGUUAACUUUAUGUUUUUACCUUGUCAA